CUCUCAGUCACUCUCUCUCUUUCCAACCUUGAGGCGUCCCAUUUCAGCUCCUUCGCUUUUAGUCACAAUGCUGUGGAGAGGGUGAAUGGGUGGGGGGCAUUUAAGAGAGCAGUAGGUGGGAGUGGACUCUGACCGCAAAGGAACUACUGUUUAAGAGAAAGGGAAUUCUCUCUUUCACUCCCUCUCUCCAUCUCCCUUCUGCUCUUGUCGUCGUCUCUUCCUCCCCCCCACCCCCCUCCAUCCCUCACUGGCUGUACAACAUCAGCUCUCUAGGUAGACUCGAAUAAACACUUUAAGAGAACAGAGAGAAGAGGGAAGAUGAGAGAGCUGUCAGGGCUCUGAAAGACACAGACCGGUUGGAACAUUUGUCAGGACUGGCUGAAAAGGCUUUCUUUAACACUGCUUCUGCUUCAUUUUUCAUCAUUUUGCAUUGUGUGCGAGGACAAGAACACCUAUUUGAUACCUGAAUAGACUAUAUUCUGCAUCCAGCUAUUAUUUCCACAGAAGCUGCAGGGUCAGGGUGUCAUCAUGGGGAUGAAAGGCUUCUUCUUAGGCUGUGUGACUGUGGCCCUGCUCCUUGAGCUCUCCACUGCCGGCCUGGUAAAAAAGAUAAUCCGACACCGUAGAGAGGCUUUGGUGCUUAAGAAAACCCAGGAGAACGUCACCUUGCCCCAUCCUGACCAGCCAGUAGUGUUCAACCAUGUCUACAACAUCAACGUACCCUCCACGUCCCUCUGCUCCGUGGACCUUGACUCACCUGGAGGCGCAGAGCUCAAACAAAAGAGCACCCCGAUGGACAUGCAGAACACUGAGCACAUGGAACACACAGAGGAUGAUGAAAAUCAGAUUGUCUUCACACAUCGCAUCAGUAUCCCCAAGCAGGCAUGUGGCUGCAACAACCAGCUGCCAGACAUCAAGGAUAUUCUUAACAGGCUGGAGAUGUUGGAGUCAGAGUUGUCUAGUCUGAGAGAGCAGUGCAGCAGUGGUGCUGGCUGCUGUGGAGCUCAGGUUACAGGUGAAGUGUCCACAAAGCCUUACUGUAAUGGCCAUGGGAACUGGAGUACUGACACCUGCAGCUGUGUAUGUGAGCCUGGAUGGAAAGGCCCCAACUGCACUGAACCUGAGUGCCCAAAUGACUGCCAGGAUCAGGGCCGCUGCGUGUAUGGCAAAUGUGAGUGCUUUGAGGGUUUUGGUGGGGAUGACUGCGGUAUUGAGCUCUGCUUGCUGGACUGUGGAGACUAUGGCCACUGUGUCAAUGGAUCCUGCCUUUGUGAGGAGGGCUUCAUUGGUGAGGACUGUACCCAGACCAGCUGCAUCAACAACUGUCUAGGCCGUGGACGCUGUGUGGAUGAUGAGUGUAUUUGCAUUGAGCCAUGGACGGGCAUUGACUGCUCCGAACUCAUCUGUCCAAAUGACUGCUAUGAUCGUGGACGCUGUAUCAACGGCAGCUGUGACUGUGAAGAGGGCUACACUGGAGAAGACUGCGGUGAGCUCACUUGUCCUGGGAAUUGCAACAGUCGAGGCACGUGCGUGAAUGGCCAGUGUGUGUGUCAGACUGGCUACAGUGGAGAGGAUUGUUCAAAGCUCACCUGUCUCAAGAACUGCAAUGAGAAAGGCCAUUGCUUCAAUGGGAAAUGCAUUUGUGAUCCAGGAUUCGAGGGUGAAGAUUGCUCCAUUCUUUCGUGCCCUGACAACUGCAGCAACAGAGGUCAGUGCAUUAACGGAGAAUGUGUAUGCGACAUAGGAUACCAAGGUGAAGACUGUAGUGAGCUGUCCUGCCCUAACAACUGUCAGGAUCGUGGCUUCUGUGUUCAUGGACAGUGCAUAUGUGAGAAAGGCUACUCUGGGGAGGACUGCAGCAUCAAGACCUGUCCAAAACACUGCAUGGGACAUGGAGAGUGUGUGGAUGGCAAGUGCGUAUGCUUCAUUGGCUUCAAGGGGAAUGACUGCAGUGAACUGACCUGCCCCAAUGACUGCCUGGACCGUGGUCAGUGUGUAAAUGGACAAUGUGUUUGUCAAAAGGGUUUUUCUGGUGAGGACUGCAGUGAGAGGACAUGUCCCAAAAACUGCCUUGACAGAGGUUACUGCGUCAACGGCAACUGUAUGUGUUAUGAUGGUUUUACGGGGCCAGACUGCUCCAUACGCAGCUGUCCAGGUGACUGCCACAACCAGGGACGCUGUGAGAACGGAGUAUGUCUUUGUGACCAGGGCUUCAUUGAGGAGGACUGCUCAGAGGUCUCACCACCCAAAAACCUAACAGUAGUGGAGGUCACCCCAGAGACAGUGGACCUGUCCUGGGAGAAUGAGAUGCGUGUGACCGAGUACCACAUCACAUAUGUACCCACUGCUCUUGGAGGCUUAGAACUGGACAUGCAGGUGCCUGGGGACCAGAAGGUGGCCACUAUUCAGGAGCUUGAACCUGGUGUAGAGUAUCUGAUCAGUGUUUAUGCUGUGCUCAACAACAAGAAGAGUGUUCCUGUCAGUGCAAGGGUGGCUACACAUCUGCCUGAGCCCGACGGACUGAAGUUCAAGUCAGUGCGGGAGACAUCAGUGGAGGUAGAGUGGGACCCCUUGGACAUUCCCUUUGAUGGCUGGAAUCUCAUCUUCAGAAACACAAAAGAAGAGGAUGGCGAAAUUCUUAACUCCCUCAGUCGUCCAGAGACCACCUUUGAGCAGUCGGGCCUGGGCCCUGGCCAGGAGUAUGAGGUCAAACUGGAAGUGGUGAAGAACAACAAACGUGGACUGCCUGCCUCCAAGAACGUGGUCACAAUGAUUGAUGCCCCCAGCCAAGUGGAAAUACGUGACGUGACGGACACCACGGCACUGGUGACCUGGUUCCAGCCAGUGGCUGAGGUGGAUGGAGUCAGCAUCUCCUAUGAGUCCAUCUCUAAUCCUGCUGAUCACAACCUCAUAGAGAUGUCCUCUACAGACACACAGUACCAUCUGGGAGGCCUCACCCCUGACACCCAGUACAAGGUGUCUCUGAUGGCUCGGAGGGGAGAACGGAUCAGCAUUCCUGUCUAUGAGUCUUUCCUCACAGACCUGGAUGCCCCCAGAGACCUGCAGACGGUGGAGGUGACAGAUGAGAGCAUCACUCUUGAGUGGAAGAAUAGCCAAGCUCAGGUAGACAACUACCGUAUCAAAUAUGGACCUCUGUCAGGAGGCAAGCAUGGAGAGUUGCUCUUCCCACCGGGGGCCAAGGACAGGACCCAGGCCAAGAUCAACGGACUGACACCUGGCACAGAGUAUGGGAUGGGGGUGACAGCGGUAAAAGAUCAGCGGGAGAGUCUACCGACAACCACCAACGCAGUGACUGCUCUGGAUGCUCCCAAGGAUGUGACUGUUAUAGAGGUAACAGAGACCACCAUGAUGCUGGAAUGGAAACGCCCCCUGGCCAAACUGGACUCCUUCAGACUGGUUUAUGUGUCUGCUGAUGGGCACAGGGCUGAGGAGAUGGUCUCAGGUAGCUCUGAGUCUCACACCCUGAGGGGCCUUACACCUGGCAUGCUGUACACCAUCAGCAUCACUGCCGAGAGGGGCAGCAAGACCAGUGCAACCACCACCAUCUCAGCACCCACAGAGGAGGAGAAACCUGUGGUGACCAACAUCACUGUCAGUGACGUAUCAUGGGAUAGCUUCCUCCUGUCCUGGUCUGCUGAGGAUGGGGCCUUCCAAGCUUUUUUGAUUGAGGUCACUGAUGCAGAGAUAGGUGCUGAGUGGCAAAACCACACGGUGCCUGGUGAUGCUCGAAGCCUCACCAUCUCUGGCCUCUCCCCUACCACCUGGUAUAGGGCCAGUCUGUAUGGGUUGUACAGGGAGACCUUCUUAGAUCCCGUCUUUGGUGACACCAUCACAGAGGCUGAGCCGGAGGUGCAAGUUCUCCUAGUCUCUGAUGUCACCCCCGAGAGCUUUAGACUGGCCUGGACAGCUGAAGAGGACGCCUUCGACACCUUUGUGGUAAUGGUCAGCCAGGCUGAGGACCCAGGCCAACCAAGAGAGCUGGUGCUGGUUGGCGAGGAGCGAAGCACAGCCAUCACAGAUCUCACAGAGGAUACUGAGUACACAAUUGAAAUCUUUGGACUCAUUUUGGGAAGACGUUCCAAGUCUGUACUCAAGGUGGUAAGAACAGACUUGGGCUCACCCAAGGGCAUCCGCUUCUCUGAUGUUACUGACACAUCUGCCACUGUUCACUGGGUAAUUCCAAGAGCUCGGGUGGACGUCUACAGGGUCACUUAUGUGCCUGUUCAUGGAGGUAAUGCUAAGGUAUUGACAGUGGACGGCUCUGAGUCUCAGACUGUGCUACCCAACCUGACACCUGGAGUCACCUAUGAGAUCUCUGUCAUCGCCAUUAAGGGUGAAAGGGAGAGUGAACCAGGAUCAGAUAGUGUGACCACAGCUCUGGAUAAGCCCCGUGCUCUGGCUGCUGUCAACAUCACCGACACUGAAGCUUUGCUUCUCUGGCAGCCCACCAUUGCUACUGUAGAUGGCUACGUCAUCACCUAUAGUGCAGACUCAGUGGCUCCAGUGAUGGAGCGUGUGUCAGGAAAUGUGGUGGAGUUUGUGAUGAGCUCCCUGACACCGGCGACACACUACACUGUGAAGGUCUAUGCUGUGAGAGACUUGGCCAAGAGUGCAGCCACUACAACUGAGUUUACCACCGAUGUGGAUGCUCCUCAUGACCUGGCAGCCAGUAACAUUCAAACAGAGAGUGGCCUGCUGACUUGGAAGCCGCCUCGUGCUUACAUCACGGGAUAUAUCCUCAGCUUUAAGUCUGCAGACGGCACUGUCCGGGAGGUGAUCCUGAGUCCCACUGCUGUCUCUUACAACAUGGCUCAGCUCAUCGCCUCCACAGAGUAUACCGUCAAGCUGCAGGCUCUUGCUGGUCCUAAGAGAAGCAGAGUUAUCACUACUGUCUUCACUACCGCUGGUGUGCUGUACAGACAUCCCAAGGACUGCUCCCAGGUUCUACUGAAUGGUGACACUUCAUCAGGCCUGUACACCGUCUAUCUGGGUGGAGAUGAAAGCCAGCCACUCCAGGUCUACUGUGACAUGAGCACUGAUGGAGGCGGAUGGAUUGUGUUCCUCAGACGCCAGAGUGGUAAACUGGAGUUUUUCCGCAACUGGAAGAAUUACACAGCCGGCUUCGGUGACAUGAAUGAUGAAUUCUGGAUGGGUCUUUCCAACCUACAUAAGAUCACAGCUGGAGGUCAGUAUGAGCUGCGAGUUGACCUGAGAGAUAAGGGAGAAACAGCUUACGCUCAAUAUGACAAGUUCUCUGUUGCUGAACCGCGGACACGCUACAAAGUCCAUGUAGGAGCAUACAGUGGAACAGCAGGUGACUCCAUGACCUACCACCAUGGUCGUCCAUUCUCCACUUACGAUCAUGACAAUGACAUCGCUGUCACCAACUGUGCCCUGUCCUAUAAGGGAGCGUUCUGGUAUAAAAACUGCCACCGCGUCAACCUCAUGGGAAGAUAUGGAGAUAACAGUCACAGCAAGGGUGUGAACUGGUUCCACUGGAAAGGCCAUGAGCAUUCAAUCGAGUUCGCUGAGAUGAAGAUAAGGCCAUCUAACUUCAGAAACCUGGAGGGGAGGAGGAAGCGGUCAUAAAUGAUUCACCAUCAACAAAAACAAAAACACCAAUACUACUGCUCUGUCUGGAUUCCCCAUAAACCACCUCACCUCCACCCCCCACACACACAGCAACCAAAGCCACUGCCAAGAGCCCUGCUGCCUCCUUGCAAACCAACACACCUUCCCUCCUCCCAUUCUCUCAAAGAUCACCCUCGACUCUGACACUCUUCCCUUGUAAUAUGGUUGUGGAAAUGCUACCAGUGUAGAAAUCAAUGUGCAUGUUACGAACUGGACUGAAAUCGAGCCCACACAGAUUCUACUCACACACCAAAGAGAGCAAAAACUCCUUUCCAUCUGAUUCUAAUAGUUUCUCAUUGCAGCAUUUGUGGGGAGGCGAGUGUGCAGCUUGGGCAUUAUGUUGUGCACAGUAAUUAAUACAACUCCCUAUUUUCACAUCCAAGCCAGGUUGUUUAGUUUCAGGGCCUCUUAGUAAUAAUACAGUGCUCAUUCAACUGGAUUAUAUUGAAAAUGUUAUUCCUUGUACAGUACCUGUUUCCAUCUGAAAAACAGAUGGCACUGUUCAGAUGUCAGAUAUCUCCAUCUAACUUGCCUGUUGUUUGUCUUUGUCUGACUUAACCUGUCUCCCCAGGUUUCCACAUCUCCCCUAGCAUAAGCUAACAUCUGAUGUGAUAGAAAUGGAAAUGAAAAAAAAAAAAGUCCAUUGUCCAUAUGAGUAGCAGUAUUUCCAUUCAUUGUGUGAGCCCAUGAUGUCCUCAUGCUACAGCCACAGUAUUGUGUUUUAAAAAGUUCAACAACAGAGAAAAGAAAAACUGAUGUGUUCUGAUUUGUUUUGUUUAUGAAUCCAAGGCAGGACCUGUCCUUCAGUAUAAUGAAACGUUGAUGAAAUGCAAUGUUACUUUUUUUUGUGAUAUGUGAAUACAGUGCAUAUGUGUCGAACAAGAGAAUGUUAUGUGUUUUUCACACAAAAGAUGUUGAUGUUCAAAACAUGAAAAAAUGGCCAAUUCCAAUUGAAGUUCAUUUGACUUAGUAAGGCCUUUAUACUUGUAUUGAUGACAACAAGGUUUAGACAGGACAAAAUUAGGUAGUGUUUCUACAUCUCUCCACCCCCAUCCCGCCUUUCCUGCAACAGCAUACUAAAUCACUGACCAUCUAAAGAAUGCCUGUGUAAAUUUUGUUUUUAUUUUUGUUUGUUUAUAACUGGUUGAACAACAGAUGUUUCUGUGUAAACUGAAUUAAAAUAAAACAGUUUGUUUAAAAGGAA